UUAAAAUCCUCGUAAAACAUGGCGGAACGUCUGCGCGAAGGAGAUGCGCGUACUUAAUUUUCCGUGGAGAGUGGGCAUUCUGUUUGUUUAUUAUUCUGUGUAUUGUCAUUGUCAACUGUCAAAACGUGUAAUCAGUAAUCACACAAGAAAAUAUUGUAAAUUACUGAGUUUUUUUUCUGUAUUAAAUUAUAUUAAUUCCAGUCAAAUGGAGAAAGAAAUAAAAAAUGAAAUUUAUGAUACACCUGUCGAAAUAAAAAUGGAAUGUAAUCAAAUUCCCAAUUUGACUAUAAAAACUGAAAUCAAAGAAGAGGUUCCAGACUUAUAUUUUUGUAAUUAUGAUAAUUAUGCAAGUCAAAUAAAAACGGAAUUAGACGUGAAAGUUGAACAAAAUCAAAGUGGCAAUGUUAAUACGUUGGAAGAAAAUUCCAGAGAUCACCAUGGUUCCUUAUAUGAAGAUUUACAAAAUGACUCAUUCAAUGUAUUCAAAGAAGACCAAGAUAUAAAAAUGAGUAAUUUAAGUGAUGACCCUCUGAGAUGCAAAGUUUGUUUGAAACAGUUUAAAAAGAAAAGUAGUGUAAAGACGCAUAUGCUUUUGCAUACCGGAGAAAAGCCUUUCCAGUGCAAAUUUUGUUUGAAUUGGUUUAGACACAAGAAUAAUUUAAAUAACCAUAUGCUAACGCAUACAGGAGAAAAACUUUUCGAAUGUGAAAUAUGUUCGAAACGGUUUCCAACAAAAUAUAAGUUAAAGUUGCAUAACCAUCUGCACACCGGAGACAAACCUUAUGAAUGUGAUAUUUGUUUCAGACGGUUUUCACGACCUACUCAUGUAGCAGGUCACAAAAUUAGUAUGCACAGUAGUGACAAACCUUUCAAAUGCGAAAUUUGUUUCAAGCAGUUUUCAGAGAUGAGCUUGUUAGAGAAACAUGUUCGAUUCCAUACCGAAGCAAAACCUUAUAUAUGUGAAUAUUGCUCCAAACACUUUUCGUCAAAUUCUUCUUUAAAAGUGCAUAUGCGAACGCAUACGGGGAAUAAAGUGUUCACCUGUGAAAUCUGCGCUAAAGAGUUGACUACAAAUUCUCAUCUAAAGGUGCACAUGCGAAAUCAUACUGGAGAAAAACCGUACAAAUGUGAAGUUUGUUCCAAGGAGUUUACGCAAAUGGGACAAUUAAGCAGGCACAGUUUAUUGCAUACCGGAGAAAGACCGUUCACUUGUGAUGUUUGUUCGAAGAAUUUUAGACAGAAAAGUGCUUUGAAAACUCAUAUGCAGUAUCACACUGAUGAUAAACCUUUUGGUUGUGAAAUUUGUACGAAGACGUUUACAACAAAUUCUGUGUUAAAAAAGCAUAUGAGAAUCCAUACAGGAGAAAAACCUUAUAAAUGCGGGAUUUGUUUUAAGCAAUUUCGACAGUUGGGACAAUUGAAGAGUCAUAAUUUAUUGCAUACUAGAGAAAAACCAUUUAGUUGUGAAAUUUGUUCGAAGAAUUUUCGAGAGAAAAAAUCUUUAACUAAUCAUUUGCAAAAUCAUGCUAAAGAUAAGCCUUCUCCAUCUGGUUGCUCCCCCUAACCAAAGUUGUCAUCAUUGCGUUUAUUUAAAGCGUUUAUCGCAAGAAUAUAUCGGAAUAUAUCGGACGUCCUAAGAUGUGCUGAUCAAGUAUUAAUAAUAGGAAAAGUCAGACAAUAAUGUGUCGAUCUACAGUAGAUCUGCUGGAUCUUUGCACAUUGCUAUCAUUUUUAUUAUAGAAAUAAACCAAAACAUGUGAGCCAAACUUACGUCUGUUAUAAGAAUUAGAAAAUGGCUAAUAUUACAAUGAAAAUUUUUAUACUUAUCUUUUUAUUUAUUUAUUGCAUUUAGAAAACUGGAUAUACAUUUAUGAACGUGAUUUUAAAAUUUUUGGAAACAUAAAAGUUAUCC